AUGAACUUGCCAGAUAAGAACCAGUGGGAUGAAACCACGUGCAGCUCUGCUGUUUGUCAGCACCCCCAAUGCUGGGCAGCUAUUCGCAGGAUUGAGAGGGGCCACCCUCGAAUCCUGCGUUUACCUCACAAAACUCCCCUGGAUACUGAAGAUAAACUUCCAGUGCUCACCAUUGUAAAUAUCUCAGAUUCCUCCCUCCGGCCUAAGAGACGUGCUCAGCGUCUUCCUUCAGGAUUUACCUUCACUAAGGCUCGCUCUUUGUCUCGAGGUUCAAAGUUUGACUCCAGAUUUAAAGGCAGAAGCAUGAAGGAUUUACCUGGCAAAGGCUUGGUCAGCAGUUCUAAGAAACCUCCCAAAGUUUCAGUGCUGAAUUUGAAUAAGACACUGCUUCCCUGUCCUCAAGAUGUGGGAAAUAUGGCUGUGGUCUGGCUCCCAGAAGGACCAGAGAAGCAGAGGAGAAGUCCAGCUGAGAAGAAGGCUGAUGUCACCAGCUGGGAUGGGAGGGAGAGAAGAAAGAAGUUUGCAAUGGAAAAUGAGUUCGCUGUGGGUUCCUCAGCAAAGCAGAGCAUGGAGACACAGGCUGGAAGUCAAGAGGUGGUUGUGCCUCCCCCCUCCCCCGUGCAUUUGUUUGAGGAGUUAAACACAGACUCCAUACUUCCUUGGGCCCAAAUCAACAUGUUGCCUCAGGAGCUAAAGGAACUUUUGACAGAUAAAUGGAAAACCAUGCCUUCUGAAAAUAUGAGGAUAGAAUUGGCCAUAAUGAAUAAAAAACAUGCCUUAGAAAAGAGAUGUCCUGACAGUGCAAUUUCUUCUAGGAUGUUUCUAUCUGUACAGGGCCUCACCCUGCAGAAACCAGGGCGGAGACAUCCUGAGCAUUUGAGGAAGUUGCAUUAUAACUUGAUGCCAGAAGCUCCAUUUCCUGAGGCUGUCAGACCUCCAGGUCUCAGGAAGCAGCAGCAGCAGGAGGAGGUGAAAACACCAGCUAAGGUACAGGAACAGGAGAUUGAAAUGAAAACCAAGAAUGAUCCAGGACGGAAACGUAAAGUCGUCAUCUUUUGUGACCCUGUCUCUGCUUCCAACCACAAGGUAGAGUCUCUGGAAUCUCAAGAUGAAGUCAAUAUCCUGUGUAGCCUCAGCCAGGAGGCCACUAGCCAGUUCUUGACAGGCAGUGCUUUCUCUCUGGUGUUCAUGCUGGGGGUGAUGAUGGGUCAUAGUACUCUACCAGAUGAGGAAAGUGAGACAAAGCAGCAGCAGCAGAUGGAGAUAGGAAGAUCCACCUUGAAACAGGAUGGAACAGAGAAGCCAGAGAUGGGCUACCUUAAGAACUUCCCAGACUCCUUCCCCCGGCGCAGGAGUGCUGAAUUAGUCAAGACACUGUCCACUAAGGAGGACUUCAGUGCUCAAGUGGAGGUUGACCUGGAAUCCCAGACUUCCAGUGGAGAGACCCCCAUGAACCUUUCAGCCAAUACAGCUAGAACCACCUGGAAUCCUGAGCUCAGACUUCUGAGGAUCCUUCAGGCCACCGACGAGGAGACUCAACCCUCCAGGGCACUGAGUGAAGAGUCUCUGGAGGCACAGGCUAAAGGCAUCACUCGGGUGCCCUCCUUCUAG